UUCUCGGAAUAUUGCUCACUUUUGUUUACUUUUCAUGGGUUGUACAUCUUCCUUUCGCACUCCCGCGUCGUCGCCGUCGUCGUCGUCGUCGUCGGACCGACCCCUCCUGUGGUGCUAUUUGAACGCGCUUCAAAAGAAUCUCUUUAUUGCUCCGACAGCACCACCAGCACCAGCAGCAACAGCAGCGCCAGCCAGCCAGCCUGCUAUGGGAGACCCGAGACCGUUGCGAGUGUGCGUGACAGCAGCACGUUUCCCACGGUGCGAGAGAUGCGAGAGCACGGGAGAGCGCGAGAGAGUUGAGCGUAGUCGGCAACCAGUCCGUGGCAGCUUGCGACGGCCGCCGAGAACGAGUCCAACUUUGUCUGCGAAGCUGUACGGUUCGUCAGUGAACGUGGUCGUCAACGUCCUCGCGUCAAAUUCCGCUACGAUACUGAGCCUGCUGUGGAUUACCUACACCGUUUGUGUGAGUGAAUGUGUGCGAGUGUGUGAGGAAACGAUUACGCAUUGGAAUAAUAUGAUCAAACACACAUGUGCUAAUACGCGAAACCAUUGUACCGUGUGACACGUGUGAGCAGUUGCUUUGGCCCGUAACAAGGUG